UUUGGUGACAGAGUCGAGGAGCACACACAAUGAAGGAAGGAAACAGUUUUAAACUCAAGAAUGGCAGCCUUGCUAAUAGAAAUGGAUGCCUGGCCAGUGGAAAUGGAGUGUCCAACCAUGCGUUUGAAAUGGAGGAGGACAUCACAGUUGAUACUAGCAACACCAAAAAGCAAGCAGAGCAGUCUAAAAAGGGACUGGGAUCAUAUCUCAGCCAAAUAACUAAGCCAAUUAACGCCACUGAGGAUUACCUGAAAAAUCAUUCCAAGCCUUUCAAGUACGCUUUGUUGGGCAUACUCGGAGCAGGUUAUCUGGCAUACUUCAUUGCAGCCUGUGUUUUGGAUUUCCAGAGGGCCACUGCUCUGGUGGUCAUCACCUGUUUGGCUGUUGUGUCCAAGUCCUAUGACCUUGUGAAGAAAUACAAGGGGAAGAGCAUCAGUCGGUGUUUUAGACCUGUCGUACAAGCCUUGAAAUCCAACUUAAGGUGGCUCAAAUGGGUCUUCAUUGUGAUUGUUGUGGUCCUGCUCACACUGUGGCUUGCGCUAGACACACGCCAGCGUCCCGAGCAGCUUAUUUCCUUCGGAGGUGUGUGCAUGUUCAUCCUGCUCGUGUUCCUCUGCUCAGCCCACAGGACAGCAGUGUGCUGGAGGCCUGUGUUUUGGGGCCUUGGGUUGCAGUUCUGCAUCGGACUUUUUGUCAUCAGAACCGAGCCUGGACUUGCAACUUUCCAAUGGCUCGGACGACAAGUACAGUAUUUUCUGGACUACACCAAAGAAGGAUCAUCAUUUGUUUUUGGCGAUUUGAUCGGCGGGAUCUUUGCCUUUCAAGCUUUGCCUAUCGUCGUAUUCUUCAGCAGCGUGAUGUCCGUGCUUUACUUUUUGGGCUUAAUGCAGUGGCUCAUCCUGAAGAUCUCAUGGUUUAUGCAGAUAACAAUGGGAACCUCUCCCACAGAGACCUUGAGUGUAGCAGGCAAUAUCUUUAUCGGACAGACAGAGGCGCCGCUGCUGAUUCGGCCCUAUUUAAAGGACAUGACCAAAUCUGAAAUCCAUGCUGUUAUGACUGGAGGAUUUGCCACAAUUGCAGGCAGUGUCAUGGGAGCAUUCAUCUCAUUUGGGAUUGAUGCAUCCUCCUUGAUAUCAGCCUCGGUCAUGGCUGCUCCCUGUGCGCUGGCCUUUGCCAAGCUGUCUUUCCCAGAGACAGAAGAGAGCCCCUUCAAGUCAGAGGAGACUAUCAAAGUGGCUUGUGGAGAUGAGCAGAACAUUCUGGAGGCAGCCAGCAACGGAGCGUCAGCCUCCAUCGGUUUGGUUGCCAACAUUGCCGCAAACCUCAUUGCCUUCCUUGCCAUCCUCGCCUUCAUUAAUGAAGCUCUGAGCUGGCUCGGAGGCAUGGUGGGAUACCCCGAUGUCACCUUUCAGCUAUUUUGCUCGUACAUAUUCAUGCCCUUGGCCUUCAUGAUGGGAGUGCCGUUCGAGGAGAGUUUUACCGUCGCCGAGCUGAUCGGCAUAAAGCUUUUUCUGAACGAGUUUGUGGCCUACGAGAAAUUGUCUACACUGAAAAGCAACAGAAUCAACGGACUGGAUGCUGUAAUUGGCGGUAAAAGACAGUGGAUUUCAGUCCGAUCAGAAAUAAUUUGCACCUACGCUCUCUGUGGCUUUGCCAACUUCAGCUCUCUAGGCAUCAUGAUUGGAGGACUAGCCUCUAUAUGCCCAUCUAGAAGAGGUGAUGUCUCAGCUCUGGUGUUGCGAUCCAUGAUCACAGCCACAUGCGUCUCGCUUGUCAAUGCUUGCAUCGCUGGGAUCUUAUUCGUUCCUCCACUUGACUGUGUGAAACUGUUCAAAGAAUCUGUUUUCAACGACACAAAUGUGAACGUGCAGACCUGUUGUGAUGACCUCUUUGGAAGUGUUGUCAACAACGGGACCAUCUCCUUUGAAGGCUCGUGGAGCACGGUGGUAAACGCCUCCGUGUAUUUGGCCGAAUGCUGUCAGUGCUGUGGUGUCUCUCAUGAGACACUUUGUUUGUAAAGGAAGACUUGUACAGUAUGUUUCCUUAAUUUGUAGUUCGGUUACACUGGUUUUCCUGAGUCUGGUUGGAAUGGGGCGGUGCG